UGGAGGCUCUGUAUUUAGCCAAGAGAGGCCACCAAGUCCGUUUAUAUGAAUUACGCGAAGAUAUCCGAAAAACCCCACAAGUCCGGGGGCGGUCCAUUAACUUAGCUCUUUCAGUCCGAGGUCGGAGGGCCCUCAGAGAUGUAGGGCUCGAGGACCAUAUGAUCAACAACCACGGGAUACCGAUGACCGGACGCAGAAUUCAUAGGCUGGAUGGAUCUACGUAUGUUAUUCCUUACGACGCAAGGACUAAACAGUGCAUUUUUUCGGUGGGACGAAAUUACCUGAACAGUUUACUAUUGCAAGAGUCGGAAAAGUACGAAAAUGUAGAAAGAUUCUUCAACCACAAACUAAUCGAAGCUAACCUCAAGAAAGGGAAGUUGAAAUUCUUGAAAACGGACACAGGAGAGACAGUAGAGGUGUCGACAGACCUGGUCAUUGGGGCAGAUGGGGCCUUUUCAGGGGUGCGCAAAGCGAUGAUGAAGCAACCGCUCUUCGAUUACAGUCAGAAGUACAUCGAGCACGGCUACUUAGAGCUUUGUAUUCCUGCUGAUGAAAAUGGUGAGUUUCAGAUGCCAGCCAACUUCCUUCACAUUUGGCCAAGAGGCGAAUUCAUGAUGAUUGCUUUGCCAAAUCAAGACUGCUCCUGGACUGUCACUCUGUUUAUGCCUUUUACGAAUUUCAAGAAAUUGGAUACCAAGGAAAUGCUUAUUGAGUUUUUCGAGAAGUACUUCCCUGACUCCAUACCUUUAAUUGGUAAACAGAAACUGAUUGAAGACUUCUUUGCCACAUCUCCGUCAGCUUUAGUGGCUGUUAAGUGUCGUCCGUACCACGUGGACGACAAAGCUCUUCUCAUAGGUGACGCCGCACAUGCGGUUGUGCCGUUUUACGGGCAAGGCAUGAACGCAGGUUUCGAGGAUUGCUCGAUUCUAGACCAGCUGUUCCAAAAACAUCAUGAUAACUUGGCAGACAUAUUGGAAGAGUUCUCUAGGACUAGAUGGGAGAACACUUUUGCUAUUAGUGAUCUCGCUAUGUAUAAUUAUGUUGAGAUGCGAGAUCUGGUGAACCGUCCCUCGUACCGUAUACGCAAGGCAAUGGAUGACUUUAUAUUUUGGUUGCUGCCCGACAUUUGGGUGCCACUGUAUAACUCCGUCACAUUUAUGUACAUCCCAUACAGCCAGUGUAUCAAGAACAGGCAGUGGCAAAAUAGGAUGCUACUCUAUACUGUCGUCGCAGUGGGGUUUUUGGUAUUCGGAAGCCUCCUAGCUGUACGUUAAACUAUAUAGUAUUUAUUGCAUUUAUCCAAUUGAGAUGCAUUUUACCUAUGUUAUUUGUAAGUCAGUGUGUUAUUUUUUUACUGGUGGCAGAUACAUUAAUUCUAUCAUUCAUGCUGUGUUCCGGAUUAAUGGUUAAAGAGGGCGUUCAUUAUCCUGCAUUGCAGUCCGCUUUGCUAUCCGCCACGUAAUGCAGGAUUAUGAAUGUAGUCGCAUCGUGUAAGCCACUCUGCAAUCCUGCAAUGCGUCCUGCAAGACUUCAUAACGUGGGCCAUACACAGAAUAGUGUGUGAGCAGCCUCCUGCCUGAGCGGCGGACUAUCAUGCAGGUAGUGAAUAGGCCGUUUGUUUUUUUUUUUAUAAUAUUAAGUGACGGGACGAUCAAGUCGUACGUCUGAUGGUAAACCUAUCCAUAACAGUUACAGUGCCACUCAGAACUUUAAAAUCUAAGUUA